GCUGAUCCGGUGAAAUGCAAAAAAUUCGCGUCAGGCUAAGACUGUAAUAGUUCUUCAUCUUCAAAGCAUCGGUGUGGCUGUCUCUUGGAUCAUGCACCGAUCAACAACGAGAGCAUGGUCUAUACUUCGUCAGUCGACUGCUACCGGGCGUUCGUUCGACCGUAUUACAGUAACCGUACGUCCACGAUGGCCGAUAUGCCCACGAUCCAUUCACUGUAGUGCAGCCAUGUACGCAAAGCAAGAUUCCCCGACUUUGGUAGGAUCGUCAGUGGCGACCGACGCCUUUGAAACGCAAAGUUUUUUACAUGUGUCCCCCGAAGUCACGAUCGAUGUGACGGAUAAACCGUUGAAGCAUGUUUGGAAAGAAUAUUGCGAUCGAGUCGACAACAAGAAACGUUUAACCGAAAAGGAUUUUCUUCAAGUAUGCAACUUGCUGAAAAAGUCUCGAUCGGCGGAAUCCGUCAAACGUCUUCAAGCGGUACUGCGAGAAAUCCAUCAGCGUGUCCUUGAAAAAAAGUUACCAAUGUCGACCUUUAUCCGAUGCUGCAAUAUGCUGAUCAUGAUGUUUAUCGAACGAUCCGAUCUGAAAACCGCCAGACUGGUCUUUGAUGGCAUGGUAAAGUCAUCGUAUCAUCCCAAUUCCGUCACCGUCUGCACUCUCAUUGACGGCAUGGCCCGUCUCGGCUCGGCCACGGAUCUCCACAAUUUCUAUCAGUUCCUGAAAGACAGUGGCUUGUUCCCCAAGAGCAUCGAACCAUAUCUGCGACUGAUCAAAGCGUUUAGCGAACGUGGCGAUAUCAAAAGCUGCCAAUAUUACUUUGCGAUUCUGAAGAAACAGAACAACCCGCGAGAGUUGUCUGUUUAUCAUGCCAUGAUCAAAGCGUAUGCGGCGGCGCAACAACCCGAAGGAGUGCUGGCAUUAUACCGAGAAAUGCUUCAGGAAUCUGUGAAACCCGACCUCCGUAUUUACGGUUCCAUCGUCCAAUGUUUGCAAAGCCACGGAAUGUCCAAGGAAGCCAACGAGAUCUGGGAAGAUGUGCAAAAGACGGGGUUGCCGGUCGAUACGGGGAUCUACAGUUCUUUGGGGUUACCGCCGAUGGAAAUCUUGGAAAGAAUGCGAACCGCUGGCGUCACACCUUCCAUUCGAGAUUUCAACAAUCUCAUCAAUACAAGCAUCAAGGAAAAUAACAUGGCGAAUGCUCUUGAAGUAUUCCGAAUCAUGCGUCAAAAUGAUAUACCGCCCGAUUUAUUCACGUACAGUAUGAUCAUCGAUAUCAUUGCCAAGGAUCACGAACAACCUCCAGAAACUGCCUUUGAUCUGUAUGAAGAAAUGAAAACCAACCAAAUUCAAAGCGAUGCCAUCGUUUAUACCAGCUUGAUCAUGGCGGCUUCGCGUGGAAAGAACCCGUUUGAACGUGGACUAUGGAUCUUGGAGGAAAUGCAGCGUCAUCAAGUGAAACCCAAUUCGUUCACCUUUAGUGCACUUCUCGCUCUUCUUGUUCACAAACGUCUGGAACCCAAAGAUCUAAGCUACGCUGAAACCAUUCGAGAAAAGAUGAGAAUGACCGGCAUUGAACCCAAUACACGAUUUUACAAUACCUACCUGAGCCUGUUGGCCAAAUUUGUCGCGACCAAGAACGGGCAGCAACAGGCCAUACGGAAAAUGACGUCCAUCUUCAAGCAAAUGAAGCAUUCCAAAGACACCAUACGCCGACCGGAUUUCGCCACUUAUGCCGUCCUUAUCACUUCUCUCCUCAAGGCGGGCCAAAUUCGUCAGGCCCUUUUAACGUACGAAGCAUCCAAAACAGAGCAGAUUACGAUGCCAGUGGUGGUUUACAACAACAUAAUGCAAGCCUUGGAAAAGGAUAACCAGUUACCGCAAGUCAUGAAUAUCUGGCAAGACAUGAAAAUGCUCAAAAUACGACCCAAUGCCGACAGCUACGAAUUAGCCCUGGAAGCGUGUGCUCAACUGGGUCUGACCGAAUCCUUUGCUGCUAUUCGGACACAGCGGAAAACGGAUUUCCAGCGCCUGGAAGAAAUCAAUACCAAAAAGCAAACGAUUUUCAGAGAUGCCUAAACAUCACAGUCUGCGCUUAUUGUGAGGCAAGCUUCUGAUGAUACUGUAGACUGUAGAUGAGAAGUCAUUUAGAUUAUUUAAACGAAAAAAGCCAACAUUAUUUGUAUUUGCC